AUGGACAUAUUUCGGGAAACAAUGUCAGUGAACCGAUUCCUCUUUCUUUUACGAUGCCUCCGUUUUGAUGACAUUAGAGAUCGUCCCAGUAGAAGAGACGUUGAUAAAUUAGCUCCGAUCAGAGAAUUUUUUGGAAAUUUUGUCACAAAUUGCCAAAAGGCUUAUACUGUUAGGAGAGUAUGUGAUCCAUUGAUGAGAAGUUGGAAUCAUUCAGAGGUCGUUGUUCCUUCAAACAAUAAUAUGCCCAACAAGCCAGCAAAGUAUGGCAUAAAAAUAUUUGCUCUUGUAGACGCAAGGGUAUUUUAUACCUGGAGUAUGGAAAUUUAUGCUGAUAAACAACCAGAUGGGCCAUUUCAAGUUGAAAAUGGUGCAAGCGAAGUUGUCAAACGUUUAAUAAGGCCCUUAUACAACUCUGGUCGAAAUUUAACAGUUGAUAAUUGGUAUAUGGGAUAUGAAUUAUCUCAAGAUCUCCUAAAGAAGAAAAUUACGAUAGUAGGUACAAUGCGUAAAAAUAAGAGAGAAAUCCCACCUGAGUUUCUGGCAAAGGAAAGAGAAGUAUAUUCUUCAAUUUUCGGUUUUCAGAAAGAAGCAACACUUGUAUCUUAUGUGCCGAAAAAAAAUAAGAGUGUGAUCCUGUUAUUCACAAUGCAUUCCGGCGAUCAAAUCGAUGAAUCUACUGGGGAAUCUAAAAAGCCUGAAAUCAUUACAUUCUAUAACAUGACAAAAGGAGCAGUCGAUGUUGUAGAUGAGAUGGCAGCUGCGUAUUCUACAGCAAGAGUAGCACGUCGAUGGCCUAUGGUGAUUUUCUUUUCAGUGUUAAACGUGGCUGCCAUUAAUGCAAGAAUAAUUCUACUAUCAAAGAAGGAACCACCAACGGAAUACCAUACCAGGCGUACUUUUCUCAAAGCCUUAGGG